AUGAACCACGCAGCAAAAGUCAACAGUCAUUUCUGGCCUGAUUCGCCCCCCCGCAUUCUUCACGACGCCCAGGUCCGGGUUCUUGGCUACGGCCUCGUAAAGCGCGUCCGACCCGGCCAGACCCCAUCCCUGACGCCUCUCACGCUACUAGUCACCUCGGACGUUUCAGUGGAUGGACAAUACUCGACCUGGAAGGUCGCGGUGAGUGAUCUCAGAUUACUCUUCGACAAGGUCAAUCGCGAGGACAUUACGGUUGAAAUUACAGACACCAGAACAGCAGACGGAGCACCCUCAGUGCCGCUCACAGAUUGCGCGCCAGAGCUUUUCGCAGCAUGGGAGUGCUAUCGGUCAGCUCUCCUUGAAGAUAUCCAGGAACAACAGUGGCUCACCGCCGACAUCGUCCUCCGUGAAAUCGGAGAAUUGCAUACCAUACGCGCCCCUACUCUCCUCAUCACCGCACAAGAUGCCGACUCAGCCAUAUGGUGGGACAGAAUCCUACCCCACAUACGUCAACUACUCCCCCAGACAAUGGAGGUCGAUCUCCUUUACGCACCACACCUGGCCAUGCAGACAUCUGGAGACGAGGAAGAAGCAGAGGAACCGUAUGUACGCCCUGCCAUAUAUUCUACAAUGCAGGACUACGACGCCAUCGUAGAGAUGGGAGCCAGUAUAGGCGUAGAGCAGCCGGACAACAGCGGAACAGUGGGUGCUGUCAUCGUACUCAAGGAUGCGGCAGGCAAUGAGACCAAUUGCGCCCUGACCAAUCACCACGUCGUUGCGACACACGAUUCAAAGAGUGUCAUCAACAGCGACAUGGAGCAGCGAUUUGGAACGAAAGACGGCAUCAUGCUGGCUUUCGGCGUCAUGCAUGACCGCAAAGGAGAAGAGUUCAUGAGGGCCGGCGACUCCGGAAGUUGCGUACUACUGAACGAACGCAAUGGGAGAGCGACCGUUGUCGGUCUACUCUAUGCCUCCAACGAGCACUCGCGCGUUUCUUACAUGAUACCAUUCGACCUGGUUGUACGCGACAUAGGGCUAGUGACAGGCCAGAAAGUGUCGAAGCCUGAGUUUGUUCAGUACGACGAAAGGGCGUAA